AUGGAAGGGAAUCACAAUUCUAUUAGAUUGGAAGGAUCCAACAAUUGGAACGUGUGGAAGUUCCAGACACAGGUGCUAUUGAGAAGCCAAGGAUUGAUGGACAUCGUUGAGGGACGGUCGGACGCGGAGGAAGGCAGGGCUAAGUCAGAUGCCAAAGACGCCAAAGCACAGUCGAUAAUAGUGUCCAGGAUGACCGAGAAGGCGAUGCUGCACAUUUUAACAUGCAGUACAUCCGCAGCAAUGUGGACCAAGCUGAUGAGUGUAUACGAGCAGAAGUCGGAGACAAGUAUACAUAUAUUGCAACAGAGAUUCUUUCAAUUUAAAUUUGAAAGAGGUACAGAAAUGGCAGUUUUCCUUUCUAAAAUACAGGAGAUGCAAAACACAUUGAAACAGAUGGGAGAGCCAGUAUCUGAUAAGUUCACCAUUACAAAAAUCCUGAUGUCGCUGCCUGACGAGUACAAACACUUCGUUUCGGCGUGGGAGUCAGCCCCUGAAGAAAAACAAACAGUAGACAAUCUGGUUGCUCGGUUAUUAAUAGAGGAAGAAAGAAUAAAUGAGAAAAAUGAAGAAGUUACUACAUCUAAUUCGUCGGCAUUCCUGGUUAAAUCUAAGAAGAACGUGAAGUGUUACAAGUUCAGCACUAGAACCUGUGAACUGAUCCAUGCGGAUACAUGUGGCCCCAUGGAGGAAACAUCUGUUGGAGGGUCAAGAUACUUUGUGGUCUUGAAGGACGACUUCUCAAGUUAUAGACACGUAUAUUUUGUCAANAUUGUGUGA